GACGGGCUCAGUCGUACACGAUCGGGCGGCGAGGCAGCACGCUCGCUCACGAUCUCACCCGAGCACUCACGGACAUACCCGAAGUUGACGCAUCGGAAAACUCGGACGCAACAGCUGAUCGCGAUCGAGCCUCGCAUCGCCCGCGCACGCCUUGGACUAUUUCUGAGAACUUUAAUCCGAAUGUCGUCAAAUUUGUAUAAAAUUAUUAGACGCCGAGUGAGUCAGCUAAGAUGACGAAAGUUAAACUGAAGCCAAGGGCGACUAGAAUGUGAACGAACUGAGGAAAAUUGUUUGUUUAAUUGUGAGUUUAUGUGUUUGUUGUGUCCGGAUAAUAAUAAUAAAAGACUAAUUAGUUAUAACAGACUUCUGGCUAUUUAAGACUGAAGUAUAGACAUUUUAAUUAAAUCCAAAGAAUUAUUAGCAAACUUAAAAACAAUACUCAUUAAAUCGGGAAAUAAACAAAGGACAUUAAACAAAAGAAUCCAAUUGGAAGUGCGCCAAACAUUACAAUAAAAAAACAAUUGGAGAAAGUAUCCCUAUACACAGAUCCAAUACCACAACAGAGUAACACAAGGACUCGUCAUUAUCAGAAGUGUCGUGAGGUGAUCAAAAAUUUUGCACAGACUACGUAUACAAAUCAGAGUAGCAGAAAGACAGUGGUUAUUGUAGUUAUGCAGUGAGAAUGCACCUGCCGUACGAGGCGCGGGGCCGGCGCCGGCGGGACAUGGACCCGGAGCCCUGGUGGCUGCAGUCCGUCGUGGACGAGACACUAGCGGAGCACCCUGACCUCGGUGAGAACCAUCUAGUCCGCACCGGCAGUCCCGACUACAUGUGUUCGAUGCUGCCGCAGCACUGGCGCUCCAACAAGACCCUCCCCGGCGGCUUUAAGGUGGUGGCCCUCAGUGAGGUCAUCGACGGGACGCUUGUCACCAUCCGAGCUGGCAAUGAUGAGAACUGUUCCGCUGAACUGAGAAAUAACACGGCGGUUAUGAAGAAUAGGGUCGCCAAGUUUAACGAUCUGCGGUUCGUUGGGCGAAGCGGGAGAGGGAAGAGUUUCUCGUUGACCAUCACGGUGUCGACGUCGCCGCCGCAAGUAGCAACAUACCAAAAAGCCAUAAAAGUCACCGUCGACGGACCGAGGGAGCCAAGAUCUAAAACUAGUACAAACGUAUCACCGCACCAAAUCCGGAGCAUAGGCUUCCACAGACAGUUCCUAGACACAUCACUUCCCAUCCGUGACAUGGAGUACAAGAGUUCGGCGAGGAGCCUGCGGUCCUUGUCGCACGAGGAGAGAGAGUACAAGACCAAUGCCAACCUGCCUGUUGGAGAAACGGGCGGAAAUAUCCUUGGAGCCAGCGAGUGGAACACCGGGUACUCCUCUACCGCUUCCGUGUACCCAGCGUACGGGGCGUUACAGCCUACUUACUACAAGCCCGAUCCAGCGAUACAUAUACCCGCAGUUCUACCAGACAUCCCCCUGCCUCACAGCGACUACGGGGGCUUCCAAACAACCAGCUCCGGCUUCGUAAAAGGAAGCCCGAGCGGAGCGGGCGCUCUAACCGAGCUCAACCCCACCACCUCGCAGCGCUACGACCCCAACUACUACAACUCCUGGCCUGCCAACAACUACAACUUCAACAAUUACCAAUACAAUAAUAUAAACAACAAUCCAUCAUGUCUACAGUCGCACACACCCUAUAUAAACUCCAACCCUCAAAUGCUCCUACCCAACCUCUAUUCAACUGUAAAUCAGAACCAAAUACACGUGCACUUACAUAGUGCAGCCGAUAAGCAUAACUUAGAACAGUAUACAAUACCGACAGACAUCAAAAUUAGUGAUAUAGAUGGUGGUAUUUCUAUAACUGCGGAGCUACAGGCCGCUGAAGCCAGCGGGUUAGUUCCAAAUUGUGAAAACAACGAUGAAGUGAAACACGGGCUUUACGGCGGUGGCAAUCAGGACCAAGUGUGGCGACCCUAUUGACGUUACGUCAUAACUAAGGACAAUCCUAAUGUUGUACAUAUUGUGAUUUAAUAGAUGUCCAAUUGUUAAGAGGUGUCCCUAUUUGAGCGGCCCUCAUGGCGUCGGUGUAUACGAGCAAUAUUUUAUGCCUGACUUGCUUUGGUUGCUCAAAUGGGCACACUUUUAGAAUAUUUCGUUUAUAUAUAUUUAUAACUGUAUAGAAAUAAUCUA